AGAUUGGAAUUCAAAGCGACCAUUCACACAGGGAUGGUCAGACCUUUCCCUCACCCACCCUCUAUUUAUCUCUGGAAGAAUCUCUGUUUAGCGAUCUAAAACGUGUUCUCGGUGGCGUCACCAUAGAAGAUGAUACAGCUGCUGUACACCGUGAUCGCCGCCGAGAUGGCGCUCAUUCUGACUCUCCUCUUCAAGACUCCUUUGAGAAAGCUUGUUAUCAUUACACUUGAUCGGGUUAAGCGCGGACAGGGUCCAGUCAUGGUCAAGACCGUGGCGGCAACCGUGUUCGCGGUAUUGUUGUCGAGCGUCUACAGUAUGGCCAAGAUCCAGAACAUCAAGCUCGAAGCCGGCGCCCUUAACCCCACCGACGAGGUCCUCAUGGCAAGGCAUAUGCUUGAAUCGUCUCUUAUGGUAUUCUUGUUAUUCCUCUCGCUGAUGAUUGAUAGGUUACACCAUUACAUAAGGGAGCUUAGAUUGCUGAGGAAGACAAUGGAGGAUGCAAAGAAACAAACUCGAGGCUUUGAGGAUGGGAAAAAUGGAAAUGCGGAGGAGCUCAAGGCCAUGGGAGAGGAUAUUGCUACAUUGAGGAAGAAAAUUGAAAAACUGGAACUGGACUGCGAGACAAAAGGUAAGGAGGCAAAGACCGCACAAGCUGAAGCAGAUGCAUUGAGGAAGCAAUCUGAAAAACUGCUUCUGGAGUAUGAUCGUUUGGUAGAGGAUAAUCAGAACCUGAAAAACCAGUUGGAGUCCAUAGGCCAAAGUUCAUUGCACUCUGAUGGCAAGUAGAAAGUGUGAAUGGAUAUAUACUUGCUAUUGAGAAAUUAUCUUGUGUAUCAAGGUGAGAAUAUUUUGGAUUUGUGAUGUAGGAAAUGGAAAGGUUGGUUUUGGUCGUGGUCACAAAUGGGUCUAUCUGUUAUGUAAGGUUAGUGACAUGAUGCAGACAGUUUUGAGUAAAUUUUCAAUAUAAAGUAUGUUGGCUAAUGCCUGGAUCUUUUGAAGUGUCGGCUUCAUACUAGGUACUAUGUAAGAAAUUAAAACAGCAGCCAUAAGACUGGGAGUGGCCUUGAUUGAAGC